AUGACGCUCUGCUCCGGGCAUAUCUUGCAACUGAUACGAGACAUGGAAACUUGUCACGUUGUCAUGGCAACCGAAGGGGAGACUGCCUCAGCGACAGUGUCAUUAAGAAUGUUUCAGCUAUCGGUUUCUGUCGUCGGCAUCAAACACUUCUCGACCAAAAAAUGCCUGGCAUCAGUCAAAACUGUAUCUCUCCUAUUCUCGCUACUUUUGCCAAUCCGUGGUCGGUUUGUUGUCGGGUUGUUUGUUGUUGCUAAAGCCAACUGGCGCUUUGGCAAAUGUCUGACAUCGGAAGCCAUCAAAGUCGAGGCUAGUUUGUCAGACUCAAUUCGAGGAGAGGAGAUUUCUCGAGGAAACCGUGCGAGUGGCAACUAG